UAGCCCCAGCCAGCCCGUGUGUGCCCCUCAAACACACACACUCUCUCUCUCUCUCUGUGAAAUAUGAGGCAGUAGACACCAGUGGAGUUAUUACUCAUCUACCGCUUCCUUCUCUCUUCUAAGCUUGUUUGGUUUGCUGAGUGCUUUCAGUCCGAUUUGUCUACUUCCAUUUUUUUUUUUUCUCUGGUGUUUGUUUCUUUGGUGAAAGGCACAGAAGACAGAGAGAAGGAACAAACCCUUCUGGAGCUUCCUUCUUUUUGUAUGUGAUUUCGUCUUCCUUGUUUCCUUUAUCUUUACCGGCAUCUGUUCUCUCAGAUCUGCUUCCCAUUUUGAGUAGAAGACAUGAGCAAAGAAGAGAUUUUGAAGAUUCAGACUCAUGUUCUGAAAGUGAACAUACACUGUGAUGGAUGUGAGCGUAAAGUCAGGAAAAUCUUGCUGAAAAUUGAUGGCGUCUACAAAAUCAGUAUGGACGCAGAGCUUGGAAGGGUCACUGUGUAUGGAAUUGUCGACCCGGCCACUCUGAUAAAAAAGCUCCGAAGAAAUGGAAAACACGCCGAGCCCUGGGGCGUUCCGAAGCCCAACCAGAACCUCCUCAACCAGUUCAAGAACAUGCAAAUGGACGGCGGCAAAGGAAACAAGGGCCAGAAGGGUGGCAACAACAACAACCAGCCAAAAGGCGGCGGGGGCGGCCAGAACCACCAGUUUCAGCAGCAGCUGCAACAGUUGAAGGGGUUUCAAGAACUGAAGCUGCCCCAUUUCAAGGGCCUGAAGCUGCCCUUCGGCAAGGACCCGAACCAGAAGACGGUAAGAUUUGACUUGCCGGACGACGAUGAUCUGACCGACGACUACUUCGACGGUGAAGACGACUACGAUGAUGAUGAAAUGGACGAUGAAAUGGACGAUGCCCCGAUUCAUCCUCUCAACAAGGGGAAGCCUAAUAUGAUGCCUAAUAUGAUGAUGAUGAUGAAAGGGCAGCAUCCGCAGCUCAUGAAUUUGCAGGCCAAGCCCGGCAAUGGCGGUAACAACGGCAAAAAGGACGGCGGCGGCGGAAGUGUGCCUGUUCAGGUGAACGGCGGGAAGAAAGGCGGCGGCGGUAAUGGGGGUAACAACCAAAAUCAAGUCGGUGGAGGCGGAGGUGGUAAAGGCGGCGGCAAAAAUGAUGGUAAAAACGGAGGCGGCGCUCAGAAGAACGGCAACAAUGGUGGCGGUGGCGGGAAUAAUAAUGUUAAUGGCGGGAAGAAAGGCGGUGGAAUGAACUAUAUGCCCAACUUUGGCGGCAUGGGCCAGAUGAGCCAAAUGGGAAUGGGCCAAAUUCCGGCUGUCCAGGGCCUGCCGGCAACUGCCAUGCCUGCCGGCGCCGGCGCCGGGGGGUACUUGGCCGGCGCCGGCGCGGGGCUGGAGGGUAUGGCGGGCAACCCCUACUACCAGCACCAGCAGCAGCAGCAUCAGCAUCAGCAGCAGCAGCAGCAGCAGCAGUUGGCGGCGAUGAUGAUGAACCAGCAGCGCGCCGCCGGGAACGAGCGGUUUCAGCCGAUGAUGUACGCGCGGCAGCCGGCUGCCGUGAACUACAUGCCGCAAUAUCCGCAUCCGUAUCCGUACUCGUACCCGAAUCAGUAUCCGCCUGGAGACCAGUACACCCACGCCUUCAGCGACGAGAACACCUCGAGCUGCAGCGUGAUGUGAAAAUGGUGGAGCUUUCGGCCACAUAUCUCAUGGGCUUGGAGACGCCGCCGCCGCCCCCAUAUUAUAAAAUACAAUGGUUUUGAAUAUUGCAGAAGCUUCCUUUCUAACCCAAGACAGAAUUAGGGUUUUAAAGCAUGAUUAGGGUUUUCAGUUGUGAUGAUUAAGGAGAGAGAGGGAGAGGGUUAAGUGGGGACUGAGUUUGCUUUGUGGGUUUGGGAUGUUGAUAUCAAGUGUUUGUAUAUGUUAAAUUUCCAGACAGAAAUAAGAUGGAGAAGGUUGGGAGGACGGGUCUUAGUAAAAAAAAAAAAAAAAAAAAAAAAGGCCAUUCUCUUUGGCUAUUUCCCCUCUCUCAAUUA